GCAUGGCGUUACCUUAACCUUCAAAGAUCCACCCACCUCAUUCCAUCCGCAUACACACGCAUGCAUUAUCUUGCUUCAACACUUUGCAAUCAUAUCAUGCCAGGCUGUUGCUUGAUAAAAUCUCACUGCGGCGACUGGACCAGUCUUCUGGCUUCAUCAUUGGCUGGAAUGACCUCCGCAGAUUGCCAAGGCUGUUGAACAUCGCCAGCAUCUUCGUGCUUCCUACAACGCCGGUCUUGGCCCCUUGAAGCCUCUCGGCGCCCUCGAUCUCAGCUCUGUCACUCUGAACUCUCCUACUUCCUCAAACGCUUCUAAAAUGUGACAGAUAUGGCUUCAUCGACUUGCCUCGCACACUUCUAAAUGCCGCGACCAUGGGUUCGCUGAAUUUAAGCCUGCGGACACGAGUCCUCGUUGUCGCGGCUUUGCUCAUCCUCGCCCUCAUCGCCUACCAGUCUCCGUACUCCUCGAGUAUACUGCCGUUCAAGACUUUGCCGUCACCCGCUGACCAGCAAUACGACUACUCCCAAUAUGUCAAUCCAUUCAUGGGGUCCGAAGGCGCCAUGCCUGGCCUUGCCUUUGGCGGCGGACAGAUUUUCGUGGGUGGCGCAGUGCCUUUUGGUGUCGUGAAGGCCGGAAUUGAUACUUACGAGACCGAUCAACGACACGCGACGAUCAAUGGAGGCUACACUCCGCAUGGCUUGGUUACCGGCGUGUCGAUGAUGCACGAAAGCGGCACUGGUGGACCACCAAAGUACGGCAUCAUUUCACAGAUGCCAUUGGCUACGCUGGACGGCGUCAAUGUCCUGGACAAUCGAACCUACUGGCAGCAGAGAGUCGGACACGAUGUGGCGAGCGUUGGGUACUUUUCCACGAAGCUCGAGAACGGAGUUGGCAUUCAGUUGGCUGGGGCACGACACAGCGCAAUCUUUCAAUACAACUUUCCGGCUGCGGAUCGGCAUGUCUUGGUUGACGUCUCUCACUAUCUCCCAAUGGAAACGAGCAGUCUAGGCAAGGGCCAGUAUUAUGACGGCGGCGAAAUCCAGCUGAAAGCCGGCGGCCGAGUGUAUACUGGAUGGGGCUCGUACGGCGGGGGGUUUUCGCAAAGCGCUCCAAUGACCACGUACUUUUGUGGCGAGUUCGAGCGCUCUCCAAGCGAAGCACGGACAUUUCGGGGUCGAAAUACGGAUCCAGUGAAAGCACAACACACCUGGGCGAACGCCGAUCCGUCGGAAGCGACAUUCGGAAAGUCGAUGCAAGACUCUGGACCUAUGAAUGAUCGAGUGGGUGCUCUUUUCACGUGGAAAGGUUCAAACAGUUCGCCCAUCCGCUCCCGCGUGGGCAUCUCGAUGAUCUCCGUGGAGAAAGCGUGCGCGUUCAAAGACCAUGAGAUCAAAUCUUGGGCACUGAACGUUACAGUGCAAGCCGCUGUUGAGGAGUGGAACACCGACGUCUUCUCCAAAAUCCAGGUGCCAGUGGACGAGAGCCGAAACCGAACAGACAUCGUCCUGCUGUACUCCAGUCUGUAUUUCAUGCACUUGAUGCCCUCCGACCGACGGAAUGAGAAUCCCCUCUGGCCGAGCACGGAUUCGUGGGAUGACUUCUACGCUUUGUGGGACACUUUCCGGUGUACGGUGUCUUUAUAUCAUCUCAUUCAGCCUGUCUACUAUGCCAGCAUGAUCCGAUCGCUCAUCGACAUUUGGAAAUGGGACGGCUUCAUGCCGGAUGCGCGUAGUGGGAACUACAAUGGCCUUGUUCAAGGGGGGAGUAAUGCUGACAAUGUGUUGGCGGAUGCCUACAUCAAAGGACUGCCUGGUGUCAACUGGACCGAGGCCUACCAGGCCAUGCUGAAAGACGCAACGGUUGUACCGUACAAUCAAUACAAUCCCACCGAUCUUACAGGCGACAUCCAACAAGGCCGGGGCGCUCUCGAGGACUGGAUUCGCUUCGGCUUCAUCGGCGUGGACGUUCACUCGCGAUCCAUCUCUCGGACGGUGGAGUACUCUCUAAACGACUACUCGCUUGCAGUCCUGGCCAAAGGCCUCGGAUACGAGGAUCAAGAUCUAUGGGUACGGCGGUCGGCGCAAUGGCAGAAUCUCUGGGCCCAUGACCUGGAGCACAAGGGGUUCAAGGGCUUUCUUGCCCCGAGGUUCCGCAAUGGAACCUUCCGUGAUCUGGAGAAUUACAAUCCGGCUGUUUGCCAUCCGAAUUGCGGAUGGCCUGGCCUCACCUAUGAGGGAACUCCUUUCGAGUAUUCUUUUACCGUACCGCACGAUAUGCAGACGCUGAUUCAAUUCAUGGGUGGCGCGAACGAGUUUGAAAGACGAUUGGAUUACAUCUUUACGCCGAAGAGUGCGGAGCAGAACCUAGGAGGCAACGGACUUGGGAUUGACACAAUCAUGAACAUCGGGAACGAGCCCGAUUUUGGCACUCCGUUCGAGUACCACUAUAUCAACAAGCAGCACAAGAGUGUGGAAAGGUCUCGCACGCUUGCAAACCAAUAUUUUCACGACGCAGACUACGGCGUCCCGGGCAACAGCGACGCAGGCGCACUUAACUCCUGGUUGAUCUGGGUAAUGAUAGGCCUCUACCCCGUCGUAACGCAAACCGUCUACCUCAUCGGCUCACCAUGGUUCUCCGAGCUCAACAUGACGCUUGGAGAGAGGAAGAUGCUUACCAUCAAGGCGAACAAUCUCGACAACCACGAGCACUUUUACGUGCAGUCGGUCAAGGUGAAUGGCCAGCCUUGGGAGAGGAAUUGGCUGGAGCACGACGAUGUUAUGGCGAACGGGGGCACGAUUGAGUUUGAAAUGGGGAAGACAAAACGGAGGUGGGAGACGGGGGAGGUGCCUCCGAGUCCGGGGCAUUUGAUUUUGGACAAUGUGUAGAGAUAACAUGUACUCUGAGGAAUGUUGUUGGAAGAGCCGUCUUACCACUUUCAGUCCGUGCGCACCGCAGCCGUGAAGCUUUGAUG